AUUUUACUAUCAAAGAACAACAAAUGUGACCAAAUAUAAACAUGAAGUUUAAUCUUAUUUCUACUUUAGUUUAUUCACUCUUAUUGUUUUCAUUGUUUAAUUAUUGAAAUGCGUUUUAGUUAGUAAUUAAUGUACUGUUACCGAUGUAAGCAUUUCGCUGAUGUCGGCCCAUUCGCCAGAUUCGAUCGUCCACCGUCGGUCCAACACCAAACAGGUGCAUCCGGUAGUUGGACUGAAAAGAGUAUCAUUCCACGAAGACGUUAUUGAACCCAGUAAUGGCAAUCUCAUUCAAAUACGAAUUGGGGAAUGUGGUGAAAGAGGAGCACCUGAAGGACAAGAAGACCCUCAACCAAUUGAAACAUCGUCCAAAGGUUCUGUUUUAAAAUCAAAAAAACUAAAGUUUCCUUCUCUUUACAUGAAUGGUUUAAACGUCGAUCUCAAAUCCCAACAAGUCGUUUUUAACCAAAUAGAACUGGAAAUGAAAGAAAAACAGUGGAGCCAUGUUUGGAGUAAACAUUUGGAUAUUGGAUCCAACCAACUGAUUAAUAUAAUUAAAAGAGAUUUACAAUUAAAAACCAAAGAAUCUAUUUAUAAAAUUUAUAGAAUGCUAAGCACUGGCGGAUCACCUUUAUUUGUAGUUAUUACAAAUAUUAGGUUUUGUGUCUUAACUAAAAAUGUAUAUACCAAAAGGUUAGAAGUAUUCUAUAGUUCAAAUUUUACAAGCCUAGACCUAAUAGCCUUAGGCCCAUGUGAUCAAACUGCAGUCUUUGUUAGCGAAAAAUCAAAGAAGUGUACUUUGAUAACAGCAAUAGAUGUGCAAUCAGCAUUACAAAUGAUUGGCAGUCUUGAAUAUGCUUACAGACGAAGUGGACACUAUGACCCAAAUAAUGCGUUUGUUGUCAUAAAUAUUAACCAUGAUGAUAAAUUAUAUGAGGCUGUAAAAUGUCAAAUUUCUAUACCUAAGGAUGAAAAAAUCAAAUUUUAUACAUGGUUGUGGUACUAUAAAGAAAGUGAAUCUUCAAAUAGUUUAAAAUCUCAUUUAGAAGAAUUUUUAAUGGUUAAAAAAGGAUCUAUAUGGAAACCAAGAUUUGUUCGUUUAAGUGAAGAUAUUUUAUACAUAUUUGAACAUCCAGAUCAAAAGUUACUGUGUGAAUCGAUACCUUUAAGAUUUGGUCGUUGUAAAAAAGUCAAAAAAAUUCGUUGUGAUCGACCUCACUCUAUUGAAAUUCUUCUAAUUAAUUACCCAAUCAUUUUGGCACCUGCUGAUUGUAGCCAAGAAGAAAAAUGGUUUAAUGCUCUAAGCUCUUCUUUGGCAGGUCACAAAAACUUAAAUGUUGAAUCCAAAUUACCUGAUGGGUACUGUUGUUUGUUGACCAAUAGCCAUAUAGUUUUGUACAAUUUUCCUCACACAAUUACAGACAGUAUGUUAUUAGUCAAUAUGGAUUCAUUGAAAUUAUCGCCUUCUCCAUCACACUAUUAUGUUGUAAUUGAGUGGUCCUGUUACGAUGCAACAUUGGAGGAAAGCUGCAACGAUUGGGUUGUGCAUUUUUCUUGCAAAUCAAGUUGCGAUGAAUUCAUAUCAUGGUUGUGCACUUUAAGACCGGAUUUAAAUGCUUUGGAAUUAGUUGAAAAAAAAUCUAUACAGCGACACCUUAAAAAUAGUAUAACUUUACAAAGCUCCCUAAUUUAACUUAUUUCACUAUUUUUAUGCUUGUUUUAUUUAUUUGUUACUAAUUUCAAAAUGUCACAAUUCUCAAAACAAAAAAGGUUGUGCUUUCACAUUUGUAGGAUUUACUAUUAUUGGUUAUAUUAAUUUUAACAUUAACAGAGUAAAAAAAAAGGUGCUUAUUUAAAGUUAAGUUUUUCUCGAGGUUUUUCUUAAUUUAAGUGACUUAUGAUAUUAUGUAUAUUAUACUAAAAUUUUGUUUUUAAAUGUUCAACUAAUACAAGUAAAUUACAGUGACGUACUUUGACCUACAUUUUGGUAGAGGUCUUGUAUCUAGGAAUUGGUUGACCUUAACUGACUAAAAAAAAAAUUCAUAAAAAAUUGGGUUGUUUGAUGAUAAUCCCCCUUCCUCCACAAAGUACGCCACUUAAAUUAUAAUGUAAUAUAUUAUACAUAUAUAUUGAUAAAAUGUAUAAUAUUAAUUUCUGUGAUAGGAUUCUUAAAAAUUAUCAUUGUUGUUUUUUUUAUUUAUGCGAUAUGUAAGCUUUUUUAUACUUGAAUGUGACUGUUAAAAAUGUAAGAAACAACCUAACUAGGAUAUUUUUAAACCACAAAAUGAUAUGUUGUUUACAAUUGCUUUAUGUAGAUGCAUAAAUAUACUGUAAUAAUAAUUGAGUUUUAUAAUACAAA